AUGGACAGCGACAUGGAAAUCUCUCUCGACAGGCUUCCCAUAAAGCGAUUGGAAUCAAUAGAGGAAAACGGCGCCGAGCGUUUCCCUUCUGAUGUUGGUUACGACGAUAAGAGAGUAUCGUUGAUUCGGAGGAUAGACUUCGCCUGGGCGUUGGAAGAGGAAGAUGAGCUGAAGAAGAAGAAGCAGAAGAAGAAGAGCACCAAGGAGAUCCCGGAGCAAUGGGAGUGGAAGGGUAUGGUGGAGAAUUUGCAGUUGGCUCAUCAGGAGCUCUCUAUCAUCAUAGACCUUAUCAACACUGUCGAAGCGAAUGAUGCAGUAACAGUUGCUGGGAUGACGAGACCUAAGCCUAUGCCGAAUGAGAUUCUAUCAGAUCUUGCUGUGUCUACUGCUACCAAGUUACAGAGCUACCGGCAUUUAGGAAAAUACUUCAAGCAAUCAGAAAAAGCCUUAAAGCAGAAAAUCGAUCGUGAAGCAAGGUUUUAUGGUGCUCUUAUCAGGUUGCAGCAGAACUGGAAAGUCAAGCGACUGCGUGUGCUUGCUUCAACCGCCAGCAACGAGGGCUUCACCUUUGAUCUUUCUGAUAGUUCGUUUCCGACUUCUGGUUUUCGUCCCUCCACACUUUCCACUAUUCGUAUAGAUCAUGAUUCAGCUGGUAUGCUGGCCAUUAAUCUACCCCAAGACUCAUGGUACUCUCUUCGGUUUGGGUUUGUUGGCUUAAAUUCGAUAGACAAACCAAACGACUCUUCCGAGCACAUAGGCUCCCCUACCGGUCAGGACAUAACAUCAGAGAAGCAGUCAGGAAGUGACGAUGAAUCUGUUAAAGAAACUCAUACGCUACUGAGGGAGGUGCAUAAAUCGAUUUUUGCUGAGCAGUUGUUUGACAUGCUAAACCGUGAAGCAUUCAACGAAGGUGCGGGAUUCAGCAUUAGUGGAAUACGAGAAAACUUUAUGGAAAUGAGCAUCGGCCAAGGAGCUUCUUUGUUUGUAUCUCUCAAAAAUGCCAGCAACAAGAAGUCGGAAUCUGCAAAUGUGCCCAUUGAAUCAUCUGGUGGCAGACUAGAACCAGAGAAAGGAGACUCGCGCGUGAAGAAGCUAGGGUUCCCUAGCCGUGCCAGCUACGAAAUAUACUUGCAACAGAUUUUCCAUGAGCAUCUCUUUGGAAAGGCAAAAGAUCAGCCCAAGUCAAAAAGCAACCGAACAUCCAAUCGAACCGCAAAAGACAACAACAGCUCCGGACUUCUUGAUCAUUUCUGCUUAUCCUUGUCUCAUAGAAUCUUCUCAAACAGAGUUCUUGUGCAUCUGGAAAGCGUGGUCUGCAAGGUCCCAUAUCUCCAUUUGAUAUCUCAUCCUACAUGGAAUUCUCGGACAUCUUCAUGGACUGUCUUCAUGACUGUUCCUCCAUCAAUCAUCCCCCAGAAAAGUUCUGAAACUCAGUCUACAGAUGGUAAGAGGAAUCUCAAGACGCAGUUCCGGACGAAAGUUGUGGUGAAGGAUGAUUGUAUUAGUGUUGAAGCCGAAUGCACGCCCAACGUCGUUGGCUUGCUGAAAAGCACCUCCUGCGAUUUAUUCUCUACGAACAAAUAUGAGUGCGACUUGGCCGACCUUCCCGUGAUCAUUCUCCAACAGGUGGCGAGUCAGAUUGUGUGUUGGCUGCUGGAGGAAGCGAGGACGGUGGGGACAAAAGCGAGCAGGGAUUUUCUGUCUCUGUCGUUAGAGAUUGUGGAAGGGGAGAGAGCGAGCCUUGUGGCUCAAGUAAACCCUGAAGACGCAAAAGGAUGCAUCUCGUGGUGGCUUGUGAUGGAGAAUGGCUGCACCGAGGAGAGGAAAGAGGUGUCGGAGAGUCGCAAGCUGUUGGGUCGUUUGUCUCUGGAUGUCUUGUACUCUGUUCUCAUGGACUUGAUCAAUUUGUGUGGUAGUGGUCGAAAUGCUUUAGAGAGUUUGUAA